GUGAGAUGUGUGUUGCCGAACAACUGUUGCGCGACGAAGCAGCAUCAUUUUAAAAGAAUGUCGUCCAAUCCAGGUUUGACUUCAAAAGAAGCUUUUGUUACCAGGAAGUGGGUCGAGUUAUUUAUAUUUCAACACUUGUCCUGCAGGACUUACAAGAGGGCGGGUGGUUGUAACUUGAAACUUUGUCAAAAUAUCAUCCUGUUUUUCACACGACCCAGGGGGCGUUGGGAUGAAGAUCCAUGAGAAACUUUUAACUCAUUACCUGUCCUGCCCUUCACCUGUCGAUAAAGAGGGAUAUCUCUUUAAAAAGAGAGAGCGAAACACCUCGUACCAGAGACGCUGGUUUGUUUUAAAAGGAAACCUACUCUUCUACCAGGAACGGCCAGCGGAUCGUCACUUGCUGGGGGUCAUCAUUUUGGAGGGCUGCACUGUGCAGCCCAGUCUACCGGAAAGCCAGCACUGUUUCUCGCUGGUGUUCACAGGCCUCGGACUGAGGACCUACAGGCUUGCAGCUGAAGAUUGCCUGAGCCAGGAGAGUUGGGUCCAUGCCCUUCACUCUGCCAGCCACACCUGUCUGUCACUGCUGGUGAAGGAGCUGGGCAGGCUGUAUGAAGAGGCUAAAAGAGCCUCUGGUGAAUCCACUCAGUCCCCUGCUUUGACAGGGAAAGGACUCAACCAAUCGAUGGCCACAUAUAAUCCAGGGUCCUUGUACUACCUGCAGGGCAAAGGACCAGCCAUGAGAGAUGCAUGGGCUUAUGCUCGCAGCCAGACUCUUCCAGCCCCUCAGGUUACCGUCAAAACCACCAGUAAGAGAUCCCCCAAACUCUGGCCCAAAAGAAACGCACUUGUCACACCCUUAAAUGGUCCUGCACCAACCUAUGGGGAGUGGCCUUUGGUGGGCUCAGAUACAUUAGAGGAUUUCAGCAAACUACACGAGCACUAUGGCAAAGAGGUGAGGCAGCUGAGAGCUGAUUGGCUGAGAAAGAAACGUGAGGAGGCAGGACACAUUGAGGAGGACCUGAUUGAUCUUGGAUAAGCAAAAAAGCUUAGAAUUUGGCAACUGUUACAUGAGGAACUGUCUCUUCCCUUUUCAUCAUAUCCUCCAUUGUUUCUCCAAAACCUUUUCAAGGAGGCUUGACCUUGCUUUUUUCCCCUCACAUGUUUUAAAAGAAGAGAUGAUGUCAUCUUCAAUGUGUUUAUAGCCACAAACCUGCUCGGGUCUGUACACCAUUAGAGAGAAGUGAAUUACCCUAUUGGAGUGUUGUUAUACUCUCAUUUUAAGCCACAUACAUUGAUGUGGGUUAAAUUGAGAACAUGAGUGUUCAUAUGGCACAGACAGGAGAGCGGUCAAGCAUUAGACUCAGGGCCUUUUGAAUGAAUAAUUCACAACGUCGCUGUCCAAACAUGACUCCCCUUAUCUACUCUGGUUCUCUCUCUUUGCAAGGGUUUUUUCUGUUUUCUACUUAAUCUGAAAACAUCUAUCUUUUUGUUAGGUGAUAAGCUGAUAUUACCUCCAGCACAAUGCACACACAAUGCACACAAAGCCCCGAAGGAACUAUUGCAAGAUGUGUUUUGUUUUUCAUAAAAUAAAUUCUACUCUAGUGGCACAAGUAUAUCAAUUUAUCCUGGAUUGCAAAUAUGGACUCUUGCUUCAUACAAACAGCUUUGGAAAUAACACCUCUACAUGUACAUAUAUAUGUACAUAUAUUCAUUCAAAGGCAGUACAGGACGUUUUGAAGUGUACUUUCUUGUUUAUGGUCUUGAUGCUGUUAGACUUUGGAACAUUAUGGGAGACACAAAAUGGAAUACUUUUGUGAUGGAGGAAUAAUGCAUGGUCUGAUAAAACAUUAGUUGGUCCACAAAGAAAAGGUACUGUAGAAAUUGAAUAUUUGUAUUGAUAGCAAUGUUUGCCGCAAAAGCAAAAAUGUGUAACAAGCUUUUCUCUCCAAAACAUUUGUGUGCCUCUGGUGUGAUGAAUUAAUAUGCACAAUAUGGUUUGGGUUUGAUUGCCAAAAUGGGAUGAUGAAGGAAAAUAUAAAUUACAUGUAUGUUUUAUGCAGAUGU